AUGGUACGUCACGGCUCUACCGGAGCUACUCCAGUCUCAAACCUUGACGAAUCGAUCAAUCAAAAUUGUGAGAUUACGAUUCGGAAGCAAAUAAACAACAUGCUAAACAAAACAAACACUACAGAUAAGAAUGUUUUAUGUAUUAUUUCUGGAGUUGUUGAACUUCUUCUGGAUCAGAAAGAGGGGAUACGAACUGCUCUUGACGAGAUUACCCAAAGCAUCCAAGCUAAAAAUGAACGAAUUGAUGCAUUGGAGUCAAAAAUUAUUCAGCUUCAGGAAGAGAUCUCCUCCAUAAAACCGGUCGGAGAUGCCAAUAUUGCUAAUGCAGACCCCCCCUCCAGCCAGUCAUCGGACAAAAGUUUUGAUAUGUUUGCACAAGUACAGGACAGGGCGACUAGGUCGGAAAACUUGAUGAUUUUCAAUAUAGUUGAAAACACUUCAAAUGACACUAACGUAAGAGUAAAUCAUGAUAAAACGCAUGUUAGUGAUAUACUGAGUCAAUUGGAAGCCCAACAGGUUGGUGAAUACAAGGUUGUACGUGUGGGUAAGUCAGGUGAUCGCCCAAGACCUAUUAAAGUAAUUUUUUCCGAUGCUCAUGCUGUCUCACAAUGUCUCAGAUCGAAAUAUAAAAUCAGGGAAAGUAACAUCAAGAUUAAACCUGAUCUUACUGUGAUGCAGAGAGGUCAUUUGAAAUCAUUAUUCGAAGAACUAGAUCGCAGGAAGAAUGAUGACGAAUGCCCAGAUAAACGAUUCAGUUGGGUUUCUAACGGAAAAGUGAAUCACUUAUAUUGCAAGAAUGAAUCCAUGCAAAUCGGUGCAACCCAACAAACUGGAUAG